AUGUAUGCGGACCAAAAGGUUCGGGAUUUUGAGCUUGGUGUGGGUGAGCAGGUGUUUCUAAAGAUCUCACCCAUGAAGGGUGUCAUGCCAUUUGGCAAGACGUGCAAGGUGAGUCCGAGGUAUCUUGGCCCAUUUGAGAUUCUCCAUAGGGUUAGAGAUGUUGCUUAUAAGUUGACCUUGCCACCAGGCCUGUCCACUGUUCAGCCAGUCUUUCAUGUGUCUAUGUUGAAUAAAUACCAUUUUGAUGGUUCUUACAUUGUUCAUUCGGAUUCAGUGUUGCUUGAUGAGAAUCUGGCCUAUGAGGAGGAGCCGAUAGCGAUCUUGGAUAGACAGGUUCAGAAGUUGAGGCCCAAGGAGAUUGCUUAUGUGAAGGUUCAAUGUAAGCAUCAUCUUAUCGAGGAGGCUACUUGGGAAGCCAAGUAUGAUAUGCAAGAGAGAUAG